AUGGUCCGCGGCCCGUCGACGCUCCUGGCGAUGAUGCUCCCGGCGGUCGUCGUCCUCGGCGCCGACCAGAACGACCCGACGCUGCCGGCCAAGUCGGGCGUCGGCAUCUGGAUCGACGUCGACACGCCCGCCGACAAGUACCAGAUCACGAGCUCGCGCGGCGAGACGUGGGACCUCGUCAUGAGCGACGAGUUUGAGAUUGAGGACCGCAACUUUACGGCUGGCGAAGACCAUCUCUGGACAGCGCUCGACAUUCCCGACGGCGUGAACCGCGCCGUCGGCAUCUACACGCCCGAGAACGCGAUUACGCAGAACGGCUCGUUCCACAUCCGCGUCGACUCGCGCGAGAUUGACGUGAGCUUCUACAACGUCUGGUCCGACGUUCCGUCCUGGACGACGAAGAAGAUGUGGUAUGCCUCGGCGAUGAUGCAGACCUGGAACAAGUUUUGCAUCCAAGGCGGCUUUGUCGAGAUCUCGGCCAAGAUGCCCGGUGCUACCAACAAGGAGUCGCUCAACUCGCACGUGACCGGCAAGCGCUGGGACGGCACCAAGGACAUUCCCGUGAAACCCAUGGACCGGAUUCCCGAAAUCCGGUUUUACCCAACCUGGCCGGGCCUUUGGAUGAUGGGCAAUUUGGGCCGGGCGCUGUUUGCAGCAUCGACCAACCGUGUCUGGCCUUGGACGUACAACGAGUGCGACGAGCGGUACCGGACGUCCCAGCGCAUCUCUGCGUGCGAUGCGAACCCUGGCUACGGUUUGAACCCGUACCAAGGUCGAGGGUCGCCCGAAAUCGACAUUCUCGAAGGCGGUGGCAGUGAUAUCUCGUCGUCGAUCCAGAUCGCGCCGGGCAUGCCGGACGAGUACCGUCUGAAGUUCCCGGAUAUGCAGUACGAACGAACCAACUACACCGAUCCCCAAGGUCGCAAGGGCCAGGGCCAUCUCUUUUGCUACUACGAAAAGACGUGUACGACACCUGGGGCCAACAUGGCCGACGUUCCGACGUCGGCGUUCGCGUCGCGCGGCCACAAGUCGUGGUACCAAGGCCUUCGAUAUGCUGCAAACGAACGGUGCACACCGGUGCAAGCAUUAAAGCAGCAGUACGAGCCCGUCGCCAAGGCACAGAACGGCCCCAUCAUCGACAACCAGUGGGACGUCAAGACCAUUAGCUCGGGCCGUGACCUCCAUGCAGAUCUGGGCCUCAUCGAUGGCAAGGGUCCACUUCAUUGGGGCAUCAACUACAACGGGACGUCUGCGCGAUCGUUCCGGAUUCGCCAGACGUUGAACCAGACGCAGGCAGCGGCGCCGCUGUGA